AGAAAAUUAUACUUAAAUUUUCGUUUAUUCCCAUCUUUCUUUUCAAUUUGCUAAUCUAAGGUUAAAACUAAAUUUCAGCUUCAUAUCUCGGUGAAUGUUAGCAAGAAAGAGGUCAAAUUUUCAGCUCAUAUGCCUAAGCUUUAGAAACGGAAAGACGGACUGAUAUAAGCACGUCCUGCCGUAAUGAAUGUAAGCAAUUUAUAGAACAAUCCGUCUAAUCAAGCGUGUACACUCAAGGUUAGUAACAUAGCGGGGUUAAGCAUUUUUCAUAUUAUUUUUCAACUUUUUAAUGAUAUCCGUUAAUAUUUCAUGUUGUUCGGUCAUUUGUUUACCAGUAAUAGCGAUUUUAGUCUGACUACUUUUAUUAUAUUUAUGGGUCCAUUAAACAUUGCAUCUCUCAUGAGGACAAACAGUUCAAAGUCAAAGUCAUUGGCUUCAAUGGAUGAUUCCAUUGAUAAACAUCAACAAAAUCUUGAAAAUGGUGUUUACACAAAAAAAUUGGCUGCGUCCUCCGUCUGGUCUGACACUACGGCAAAGUUGCUUGAAUUCUAUUACGAAUUGCUGCUCCGCCCACCCUAUUCUGUGGUUCUAGUAUCUAGUUGCGAUUAUUAUUUGUUAGCGAACCUCCCGAUGAGGAAGGGCCGUUGAAAUGUUCGAGAAGGGUUGCCGCCCUUGAAGAAGACAUAUGUUAAUGGAAAAAGUCAAGUUAAAAAA